AUGAUUAGUACCUACUACCUAGCCCUACAACUACAACCACAACUACAACCACAACCCCCCAGUCAACCCCUCGAAGGCCCCGACUGCGACGGCUCAGGCAUCGCCGACCCCGACAGCGACUGCAACGGCGACGGCAUCGGCAACCCCUACCCCGGCCCACCCAGCCACGGGCCCGACAAGAACCGCGAAGGCUUCAUCUUCGACAACCCGUCCACAAACUGUCCCUACGUAACGCAGAUGCACAUCUGGGACGCCUUCAAGAGCCUCGAGAAGGACAUGUCGAAGCUGUUCACGCUCAUCCACAAGAACGUCAGCUUCACGGUGAUGGGCAACCACCCGAUUGCGGGGCACUAUGGGGAUUUGAUGCACUUUUAUGUGAAUGCGUUGCGGAGGGUGAGUGUGCUGUUUUUUGACCAUGCGGAUAGGUUUGAGAUUCAUCCGCGGGCGAUCCAUGGCGGGUGUGAGAGUUCGUGGAGUGUUGCGGAGGUUAAUUUUAGGGGGGUUAUGAAUUCUGGAGACGACUUUGAUAUCGUUAAUGUUUGGAUACCUCAGGUACAAAUGAAACGCUCGCGAGUCGCCUGCACUUCAUGCCAAUCUCGCAAGCGAAAAUGCUCCGGCGAUCAGCCCUGCAGUACCUGCUUGCAGUUCGGUGUCGACUGUCAAUAUGAUCUGCUCUCGCGCAAGAAGAGGGACGUUCGACCUCUCCGUCCCCAUCCCACCAACUCCCCGUCCGUCGCCAGUGUGGUCCACGACGACCCCACCCCCAAGAACCACCCUCCCCCACAUCACGACCAACCCGCCCCCGGAGAUUCAACGGGCAUCCGACUGAACUCGCGGGAGGCCAAUUCGGGCGCCGCCUUUGUGCGUCGCUUGGCCCUCAAGAUUGACCCUCGGAAUGCCCCCAAGCUGCACCUCUUCGCUUGGAACGUCGGCAUCCGCCACCCCCCUGCGACCCUCCCCGCCCGGAGCGCCGUCCCCGUCGUCGAGACCAUCUCCCAGGACGACAUGCGCUCCCUGACCUACAUCUUCUUCGACAAGAUCGACCCCUGCUACGGUUUCCUCGACCGCGACAGCCUACUCCGUCAGGUGAGCCGGCGCUGGCUGCCCCCCACCGCCGAGUCCGCCCUCGCUUUCGGUCCCUACGAUGCCGUCCUCUGUGGCGUCGCCGCCCUCGGCUACCUCUUCUCCCGCCGCCAAGCCACCUCCACCGAGCUCCAGCUGGCCGAGACCGCCCGCCUCAUCCUCGAGCAGAACGUCCUCGCCGAGCCCUCGCCCUCCGCGGCCGACCUCAUCGCCGGCUGGGUCCUGCGCGUCGCCUACCUGCGCAUGACCGCCUCCCCGCAUGCCACCUGGAUGGCCAGCUGCACGCUCAUGCACCUCAUCGAGGCCACCGGCCUCCACCUGGAACCGCCCGACCCUUCCUCCGCCCCGCACCCCGACCCCAUCGUCCUCGGCCAGUCCAUCCCCCCCUCCUCCACCUCCCCCGACGAACCCUACCCCUGCGACCCCGAGUUCCGCCGCCGCCUCUUCGGCAUGGCCCGGCACCUCAACACCUGGAUCUCCUUCGAGCUCAGCCGCUCGCGCGUCGUCCUCUACGGCGCCACCACCCUGCCCCCGACCCCGCGCCCCUCAGGCUACACCACCGAGAUCUUCAACCUGCUCCCCAUCUCCGAGAACCUCGACCCCAGCACGACCCAAGACCUCCCCGACCUCGAAGCAGCCCUCACCCACGUCCUCGACCUCAUCCACCCGCAACCCACCCUCGUCCUCGCCCAAUGCAACCUCAUGCUCUGCAUCUACCGCCGCCUCCGCGCCCUCCACACCGGCAUCGCCGGCGACCUCCUCGACCGCGUCCUCGCCCUCGCCGCCAAGGCCCUCCGCGCCUCCCGCGACCUCGUCGCCUCCGACAGCCCCUGGCACCAAGUCGCCAACGUCCCCUUCCAAAUCGUCAGCACCCUCGUCGCAAUCGACACCCGCGCCUCCCUCUGCCUCCUCAGCGACGCAAUGCGCACCCUCCGCGAAGUCGCCGCCGCCUACAACACAGACGUCAUGCGCGAGGCCUACUCCACCGCCUACCUCCUCAUCCUCCUCCACCAGCGCCGCAAGGAAGAAGACACCCGCGCCCUGCGCGACGUCCUCCGCGUCAACGCCGACGUCUCCGCCCCGCCCAUGGACUGGACCGACCGCGAGCGCGCCCCCUCCACCCACUCCCUGGCGGACUAUCCGGGCUUUUCGUGGCUGAGUGAUGUCUUGAUCGAUAUGCCGCAUUUGUCGCAGUAUGAUCUGGAUACGUUUCUUGACACGGAUGUUUCGACGCCGAUGCCGUCUGGGAGGAUGUAACUCUUUUACGUCCUUUGCGCAUGGCUUCGAGGGAUUUUGGCUUGUGUCCGUGCGGAACUACUGGUCUCCGACUCGGAGGUUGCUCUCUAUAUCUUUC